AUGAAGUCUGCAACUUUUGAAAUUCUUCCAAACAACAAUGAGAAGCGGGAAAUGUGUAAUACUGCAAACGCAUGGAGAUUAUUGUUAUUUUUCUCGUGGGUAAUAGGUAUUUCUUGGCUUUUCGCUGUCUUUGUUCUCGAUUCUCCAAAUCCCUUUAGCCAGUUCAGCUCUAAGCAGAAGCUCCCUUUCGUUAAUAACAAUGCUGUUCCUCACAAGGCUCUCAAUCAAACUCCUGCCAUGAAUAUCAACCCCAAAAAGGAGAAGUACUGUGACUUGUUUAAGGGUCAAUGGGUACCAGAACAUAAUGGAUCAUUGUACACAAAAUGGAGCUGUCCUACGAUACCGGACACGAAGAACUGCGGAAAAUUUGGAAGGAAAGAUGUAAAUUUUAUAAAUUGGAGAUGGAAACCAGAUGAAUGUGAGCUCCCAAGAUUUAAUCCAAAGGCAUUUUUAUCUUUAGUUCGUGGUAAAAAGUUAGCGUUUAUUGGCGAUUCCCUUGCUAGGAAUCAAAUGGAGUCGCUCCUUUGUCUCCUAUCUCAAGGAGAAACUCCGAAAGAUAUCUACAAGGACUCUGAAGAUCGGUUCCGAACAUUUUACUUUGCAUCUCAUGAUUUCACUCUCAUGGUCUACUGGACAAAAUUCUUGGUUGCAGCAGAAGAUAAAGGAAUUGUAAAUGGUUCAAGGACAAACGUGUUUGAUUUGCACCUGGACAAGCUUGAUGUUAACUGGGCUGAUAAAUUCCCCAAUCUGGAUUAUGCUAUUAUUUCUGUUGCUCACUGGUUCCUCCGAAUGAAUCACUUAUAUGAAGGUGGUAGACUGAUAGGAUGUACCGAGUGCAACAACCCAAACAUCCCUGAUCUAGGAACUCAAUUCGCUAUUUCAAAAGCCAUCCGAACUGCGCUCGGAUACAUUAGUGAAUGUAAGGAGUGUAGUAAGGGCUUAGUUACUGUCUUUCGUACAUUUUCGCCUGUGCAUUUUGAGUACGGGUCUUGGAAUAGUGGAGGGAAAUGCAAUAGAACGCGUCCAUACACUGAAGAACAGGUUAAUGCAGAAUGGGAGCGGGAAAUAAACAGACGUCAAGUGAAAGAAUUUGAGAAAAUUAAGAACACAACAAAAGGGAAGAUGUUUGAGAUUUUGGAUAUAACUAGUGCGAUGAUAAUGAGACCAGAUGGACAUCCUGGGCAUCAUUGGAAAGAUCAAUAUUCCGAUGGCAAGUCUUUCACCGAUUGUGUUCAUUGGUGUUUGCCGGGGCCUAUUGACUUAUGGAAUGAUUUGCUGAUGGCUGUGCUGCAAAGAAGGAAGGGUUCAUCCCUGUGACAGGGUUAUUUGUAGAUUUCAUUUUUGUAAUGACAUAGGAUUUCUUCAGUUUUUAUUUCUUUCCCUUUUCCUGGUUGCUAGGAAUUAGGCCCGAGCAGCGGGUGGGAACUUCAUCCCUUUCGCAACCAAUCCGUCCACAAGAACCGUGUUUCGGGA